CUGCUCUCUGCGAACCUGGUGGCAUCAAAAGUGGUCAGUAUGAGUCUCCAUGUUGCUGCCCACGUCGCUGCAGGCCAGAUCGCCGCAUCUGCCGUGAACAUCAGGCCUGCCGCACGCAAGUGCGUCGACAACCGUCGCAGGACAGCAGUCACGUGCUCAAUUUCGCACAGGUCGGAGGAUGACCACUCAGCAGCGAGGAACAUCGCCGUGGCAGGCAUGGCAGCCCUGCUCUUUGCUGGGCACCCACAGAUGGCUUUGGCUAAGGAUGCACCUCUUCAAGGCCAAGGAGAUCUGCUGACGGAGCUUCUGGAGAAGAAUGGAGGGAAAGGGGUGAAGGUGCUUAAGGCACCUAAAAAGAGCGAGGCAGUGGCGCCCAAAGAGGUUUUCAAAUCACUGAUCAAGGAGGCUCCCAAACCGGCCCCAGUCAAGGCCGCUGCCACGGCCGUGAAGAAGAUCACCCCUGCACCAGCAAAGAAGGUGGACCCUGUUUCUGCGGUCUCGGAGAAGCUCAAGUUCUCGGAGCCUGUGAAGACUGGCACAACAGGCAUCCUGCCCAAGGGCUUUGAGGAGUCCGCCCUGCCGCUGCCCAAGGCGCUGCAGAAGGCCGGCUCCGCUGCGGCCGGCGCCGCUAAGUCAGCGGCUAGCAGCGUCCAGUCAGCCGCCAAGGCCGUCACUUCAGCCGCGCCUGCGCCCGCGCCUAAAGAGGCCGUGAAGAAGGCCUUUGUGAACCCGCUCCUGCAGAAGCGGCAGAGUGCGCCGGCCGCGCCGGUCGAGGCAGUGAAGCAGGCCCUGCCAAACUUCUUCGCCCAGAAGAAGGAGGCCCCUGCGGCCAAGCCGCUUGAGGCAGCUAAGAAGGCCUUCGUUAACCCGCUGCUGCAGAAACGGGAGGCCGCUGCUGCGCCCAAGAAGGAGGAGGUCAAGAAUUUCAUCGCGCCUGCCGCUGCAGCUGCCAGUGCUGCCGCGGCGUCAGCAGGCGCGGCCAUUCAGAAGGCAGUCGAGCCGGCAGUGUCGAGCGCGCCGGCGGCACCGUCCUUGCCCAGCGUGUCACUGCCGAGCGUGUCCCUGCCUUCCUUUGGCGCCUCCACAUCGCAGGACACCACAGAGGCAUUGGGUGUGUUGGGAGCAGAGGUGGUGGGAGCGGCUAUUGCAUCUUCGAUUGUGGGGGGCAUCACAGCAAAGGUGCCAACCAAGAAGGAGUUGAAAGCUUGAAGGCUGAAGCGGAUGCACCAAAUGCCUUGAUAAAUGUGGAAAGAAUGCAAUUUUACAGCUGCAGCGCAUACAUUCAGGCACUUGCAGCACCAGGAUUUGAAAGAGUAACAUGAGAGCAAGUAUAUUUACCUAUCAAUUAAGACAUCAGUAUGCUUUAAAUUUACAGCAUGUGCUUCAACUGCAGUAUCGCUGCAGAUCUAUCACACCCAAGACUAUGUCUAGCAAGAGACAUCUGG